AUGAACAUGUUCACGGAUACCAGGAGACAUGAUCGUCGAUCACUCAUUUACCGCCCGUUUACUAUCGAAGAAGAAGUGACCUUCUCGGACGAGGAAGAUGUCAGCGCUGAAAAAGACCAGAAGUUUUCACCUUGGUCCCCGUCUCGAAAGUUCAAUGAAGACAGACGCCUCCCUCCAGCCAGGAACAUGAAGGGCUUAUCGGGCAGCCGCUCCCAGCACCAGAUCCCUUUACCCUAUGGCUUGGACUAUGACCCCCACGUCCAUGACCUCCACGCUCACCAUGGCGCUGACACCCGCCACUCAUCCUACCUGCUCAGCCCCACAGAGAGCUGCCCCAUGGAUUUCCACCACCGCUACUCGCCACGCAGCUCCAUCCACUCUGACUGCAUGAUGAUGACCCCUGUCAUGAUGCCUCCAGUUGCUGUGCCGGACCACAUCUCCAGCAGCACCUUUCCCAGAAUGCACUACAGCUCUCAGUAUUAUGACUCGGCCACAAGGGACGACUGCGCUGCCAUCACAGCCUCUGCCACCUCGCCAGCGGUCGCUGCUGCCGCAGCCGCAGCGGCCGCCUCCUCCCAUCUCGCCGGCACUAAGAGCAACCGCCUUCCUGCUAAUCUAAUGGACCAGUUUGAGAAACAACUGCCACUACACCGCGAUGGCUUCCACACGUUACAGUACCAGCGCACAUCCACCACCACUGAGCAACGCAGCGAGAGUCCUGGCCGCAUUAGACACCUUGUUCACUCUGUCCAGAAGCUCUUCACAAAGUCCCACUCCCUGGAGGGAUCGUCCAAGAUGAAUGGCACAAAAGGUGACAUUAUGGGGGGUGGAGGAGGCGGUUAUCACCAUCAUGGCCACCACUCCACCAAACAUGGUAGCAAGAGGAGCAAGAGCAAAGAACGCAAACACCGCUCUGGCGGCUGGUGGAGCUCCGAUGACAACCUGGAUAGUGACAGCACCUACCGCACACCCAGUGUCAUGUCGAGGCACCAUGGGGAACAUGUCAGCCACUGCUACCCAGAUUCCAUGCACAGCCAUCACUUUGGAGACCUGUCACUCAAGACCUCUAAGAGUAACAAUGAUGUCAAGUGCUCCGCCUGUGAGAACAUGGCCAUGGCGCCCGAGGGCAAAUUCAUGAAGAGGAGCUCCUGGUCCACACUGACAGUCAGCCAGGCCAAGGAGGCCUACAGGAAGUCAUCGCUUAAUCUAGAGAAAACCAUGAUGCACUCGGACCUCAAGCCUUCAUCGCGAACAUUUCACUACCUGCAGGUACCCCAAGAUGAGUGGAGUGGAUACCCAGGCGAGAAGGAUGACGAGAUCCCGUGUCGACGGAUGCGCAGCAGCAGUUAUGUCAAAGCUAUGGGAGAGGUGGACGAUGAGAGUGGUGACUCUGACAGCAGCCCUAAGACCUCCCCACAGAAGGCCAUUCGGCCUGAUGCUCUCGUCCUCAAAUCAGCCAUGCAGAGACCCCAUUUUGACUCCCAAAGCCAGGGCUACCACAUGCAAACCACAAGAGAAAUGCGACCCCACCCUAGUGUCACGCUGGACCCUGCCUCCUUUCACCCUCCGCCCUUCCGCUCUCGCAACCAGAGCUACAUGCGCGCCGUCAGCACCCUCAGUCAGGCUAGCUGCGUCAGCCAGGUGAGUGAGACUGAGAUCAAUGGCCAGUUUGAGUCAGUUUGCGAGUCCGUUUUUAGUGAAGUAGAAUCCCAGGCCAUGGAAGCCUUGGACCUGCCUGGUUCGUUCCGCACUCGAAGCCACAGUUACCUCCGUGCAAUUCAGGCUGGUUUUUCCCAAGAUGACGACUGCUUGCCUUCAAUGACAUCCUCCACUGUCACUUCAACUCUCAGAUCAACAGGCGUCCGUAGCUUAGCUGGGGGGCGUAGAGAGUACGGUAGGUCUGGGAUUCAGUUUCGUCUCCCUACUUCCUGCAGUGUGGACCGCGCUCAGCCACCUCCAGCGGUAUCCUAUCCUCCCAGUUACAAGAAGACUCCACCUCCUGUGCCCCCGCGCACCACCACCAAGCCUCUUAUCUCUGUGACAGCCCAGAGCAGUACAGAGUCCACCCAAGAUGCCUACCAGGAGGGCAGGCAUCCACGGGGCGGUCUGUGGACCACGGAUAGCCUUGGUCGUCCCAUCUACAGCUCCAUGGACAGCCUGGACAGCACCAAGGCUGUCACCAUGGCCAUGGAGUCGGCAGCAGGCAAGAGGCAUGCAUCCUCGGGCAGCCACACCUCCGUCCAGACGUGUGACAAAGCGGUGCUGGUGUCCAAGGCCGAGGAGUACCUCAAAACCCCACGUUCCUCUAUUGGGAUACAGGUGGAAACUGUGACAGACUCUGAGACGGAAAGUAAAGGCCUUCCUCAGUUCCACUCUAUAGGGAUCCAGGUGGAGGAUCACAAACGGCAUGGGAGGUUCAAGCGCUCCAACAGUGUGACCACUGCAGUGCAAGCAGACAUGGAGUUGGAGGGCUUUCCCUCCAUGGAGGACAAGGGCCUGCAGUUUGGUGGCGGCUUCGGUCGCCACUCUGAGCCCAGCACGCCCACUCAGUAUGGGGCCAUCCGUACAGUGCGCACACAAGGCCUGUUCAGUUACAGGGAGGACUACCGGCCCUCCAGCGGGCCCACCAGCCCACAGCCUGAACCCUGGCUGGUUGAGCCCAGUCUGGAGGGCACCGAAACAGGCCGAGUGUCCCCACUCCGCAGGGACGGCAGCUGGUUCAUGCAGCUCCUUCACAAUGAAACCAAGCGGCUGGAGGGAUGGUGCAAAGAGAUGGAGAGAGAAGCAGAGGAGCAUGACCUGACAGAGGAGAGUGAGUGUCCUGAGGGAAACUACGUUCUUGUCAAAACGGGAGCUGCUUUUGUUGUCUCAGUCCUAGGAAAAAUCCGGAGUGCAGUGGGAAGUGCUCAGCUACUGAUGUCUCAAAAGUUUCAGCAGUUUUACUGGCUAUGUCAGCAGAAUCUGGACCCCAGUGCCAUGCCCAGACCCACAUCUCAGGACCUGGCUGGAUUCUGGGACCUCUUGCAGCUUUCCAUUGAUGACGUCACUGCCAAGUUUGAUGAGCUGCAGCAGAUCAAGAGCAACCAGUGGCAGCUGGUGGAGAGCCCAGAUAAGAAGGAGCAAAAGUGGCCCCCCCCUCUGCCAAAGCGGCCAUCCAAGGGGCGUGGUGGUUUGAUGCGAGAGCGCUCUCUGGACCUUCAGGACCGCCAGCGACAUGAAGCCCGCAGACGCCUCAUGGCUGCCAAACGAGCAGCUUCUUUCAGACAGAACUCCGCCACAGAGAGGGCAGACAGCAUCGAGAUCUACAUCCCUGAAGCCCAGACGCGGCUUUGA